CACCGCCGCCGCCGCCGCCUCGAGCUGGUGUCUGAAUGACGACCACGAAGUACAAGAAUGAAGGCACCUGCUACACGUGUUGAUCGAAACAUGUGGCCGGUGCGGUAGCGCCGUGCCAUUGUCUUCUGCCGAGCCAGUGCUUGUGUUCCUUGGCCUUACAUUUUUCGCCUUGUGCGCUCUUUCAACGACCUCCCGAGCCUUUCACGACCCCAACACACCUCCACUCCUUGCGGCUGGCCGCAUCACAGACUUUCGUUCUCCCACGACGACGUCCAGGCUUUUUCCGCGAACAAUUUGAGCCACCGGCGCUCCCGUUGCUGCGUUCCCAUCCCCUCCCAUCAUGCUUCCUACUCUGCUCCCCCUCGGCCUUGUCCUGCUCUCCCUGCAGCCCGCCCCAGCGCAGGCCGGGGUACUCCACAAUGUCCAUAGCUUCGCGAAGCGGCACACGAAGCAGUUCGCGCGCGAUCUCCGUGUGGCGUUCGGCGGGAUGGUGCUGCCGCGCGACUCAUCGGAAGCGCAGCAUGUGCUGUACUGCAAGGUGUCCAGCGGGAGCUCGUUGACCUCGGACGGCGACGGCGAUGAUUCGGAUAGCGGGACCUCCCCCAGUGGGAGCGGCCAUCACUCGGGCUCGACGACGAAGACGGGGACCGCGAGCAGCGCUUCGGCGACUGCAACCUCAUCCUACAAUUCCCCAUGGAAGCUCAAGACGGAGAAGUCCGGCGACUCGUUCUUCGACGGUUGGGAUUUCUGGUCGACCACUGAUCCCACAAACGGCAAGGUGACUUAUGUGGACGAGGAUACAGCGCGCAAGAACAACCUCAUCUCGGUGAACGACGACGGGAACGUCAUCAUGCGCGUCGACACCACAGAGCAAGUCUCCGAUGGCCGCAUGAGUGUUCGCAUCCACUCCCAAGACGUCUUUACCGGUGGCCUCCUCAUCCUCGACGCUGUCCACCUCCCCACCGGCUGCGGGUCUUGGCCCGCCUUCUGGACUAACGGCCCCAACUGGCCCACGGGUGGCGAGAUCGACAUCGUCGAGUACGUGCACGACUACACGAAUGACCAGGCAACCGUGCACACCGCGCCGGGCUGCAGCCUCCCGACCGACAGCGCGAAGGAGCUCAAUAUUACCGGAAGCAUUGUUGGCGGGACGAACUGCGCCGCCGCCGAGACCGGCAACCAGGGCUGCGGCGUGCGCUCCCCUGACAAGCACAGCGCGGGUGCUGCGUUCAACUCCAUCGGCGGUGGGGUUUACACGAUGGUCUGGGACGACGAUGGCAUCGCUGUCUACUUCUUCCGCCGCGACUCGAUUCCCGACGACAUCACUGCAGGCGAGCCGCGGCCUGACCUCUGGGGCACCGCCGCCGCGCGCUGGCCAGCGAGUACAUGCGAUCCGUACAAGUACUUCUACGACAACAUCGCGAUCUUCGACACCACGUUCUGGUGA